AUGGUGGAAACUCCUCUCUUGGACACAAUUUUUUCAAAAGAAGAGGUACGCCUGAUCCAAGCAAUACCUAUAAGCUGUACAAACCAGGAGGAUACUCUUAUAUGGAGGGGCACCAAGAAUGGGGUUUUCUCUGUUAAGAGUGCUUACCAUAUGCAAAAGGAGGUCUUGUCUCUUGCUUUAGCUGGUAGCUCUUCUAGUGGGGUGGGUGGCACAUUAUGGAAGCAAUUUUGGUCAUUGCCAGCUCCUAGUGUUGCAAGGAAUUUCCUAUGGCGGGCAUGUAAUGAUAUUCUUCCGACCCGGGAGAAUUUAUGUAGGAGGAAAAUUCUCACGGAUCCCCUGUGUCCACUGUGCGGUCUAAAAGUGGAGUCUGGAUUCCAUAUACUAUGGCAGUGCCCAUCUACUAUGGAUCUGUUGAGUAUGGGUUCAAAAAAAUUCCAGAAGAGUUACUUCCUUGGUCCGAAUUUUAUGCAGGUCAUCGAAGGUUUGUUUAACAAAUGUGAUACGGAGGAGAUGGUGCAAUUCUCGAGUUUGGCCCGUAGGAUAUGGUUGCGGCAAAAUGAUAUUGUCUAUGGCGGGGUACUCACUCAUCCACGUAUUGUCCUGCAGAGGACUAUAAAAGCUAUUCAUGAGUACACUUUGGCUCAACAGAGGGGGGAGCAGCUGGUCUAUCCGGGUGGGGUUCCUUUUGAGCUUUGCUGGAAGGCCCCGUAG